GCAAUACUGAUCCUUCCGGAAUUAUUUUCUUGCCGGACAGACAUGGAGACUCAUGUGAGUUCAGAGGAAACUGCUGAAAAUGAAGAUCCAGGAGCUGCUCCUUUUGGAAAUUUUAUUAACUAUUACACAUUUAACCCACCAGAAAAUCGCCUCAGUUUAAUACCAACAACUCUGCUUGAAAACAUCGGAUACAGUUCUGAGAACAGCCCAACAGUUUUAAUGCUGGACGUGGGGUGCAAUUCAGGGGACCUGACUGUUGCUCUGUACAAGCAUCUAUUGCAGGAGCACACCUCUGAAAGUGACCCUUCAAAACAAGAAGUUUACCUGCUUGGAUUUGACCUGGACCAGGAUUUAAUCCUCCGGGCACACAACCUCAACCCCUUUCCCCAAAAUAUCGAGUUUAUCCCUCUGGAUAUCACAAAUGACUCUGAGAACCAGACAGUGCUGGACUCUUAUCUGGAGAGGUUUGGAUGCAAACGUUUCCACCUGUGCACGUGUUUUGCUGUGACUAUGUGGGUUCAUCUUAAUCACGGAGACGCAGGGUUUUUGUCUUUCCUCUCCAGACUCGCGUCUCUCUGUGAGUAUCUGCUUCUGGAAGCACAACCGUGGAAGUGUUAUCGUUCUGCUGCACGGAGGUUACGCAAAGUGGGCCGCAAUGACUUUGAUCACUUUAAGACACUUGAGAUUCGUGGAGACAUGGCAGCACAUGCUAGAGAGCACUUGCAAAAGCAGUGUGGGAUGGAGCUCGUGCAGAGCUUUGGGAACACAACAUGGGACAGAAGCCUACUGCUGUUCAGAAGACGAUGAUGGAGGAAAACACAGACACUGGUCAUCAGUGGUGUUUGUUUG